CGUUUGUUUGAAAGUAGGUAUCCAAUUAUUACCAGCAGUCGUUUAAAACAAAUUGACCGUAUUUGCUAUACUAUACGAUCGGAAAAUGGUUACAAUUAGUAAAGAGUUAUUUUACGAAAAAAUCAGCCAAGACGUAAAGUGCACCGUGAUCCAUUAUUGGUCAAAAAAUUGCGCCGGUGGAGCAUUUUCGCCAUAUGUUAUAAAAAAUAUCAUUGUGGGAGCUGGAACGUUUUUCUUGCCAGUAUAUUUGUUAAGAAUGUAUUUGGACUAUAAAAGGAAAAAUAAGAAUGUAGUAAAAAGAUUUGUACUUAAUGAAAUACGGGCAAUAUUAUAUGGUAUAUCAUUAGGUGGGACAUUAAUUAUGAAUAUUUGUCUUUUCAAGAAACUUUUUGGAAGAAUCCAUUACUAUAACCUAAUAUUUAUGCCGGCAUUUAUUUCUGGGUUCUCGUUGUUAAUCGUGUCGCAUGAAAAUCAGGUGUUGAAUACUCUACUAUUUUUCAAUUCGUUCAUAGAGACACUGCUAAAUAAAUGGGGCAUUUCUUCAAACAAAGAAGUAUUUUUAUUCAUGGGUCUCAGCGGCAUGUUAAUGUAUCUAUUAGAAAAUAGAACCGAAAAAAUUGACUUUACAUACUUCUGGUUUUAUACGCCACCAUUACGAGAACAUUCACUAGAAGAAAUCAAAAAUAGUUGUCAGCAUGAAGCUACUUGCCAGUCAAAUAUAUUUAAUGGUGCCUUAAAUUAUUUUUUAGUUGGAUAUGGGAUAAAUGCUACAAGAAGUUUUUUAUCAAAUUUUAAAAUUUUACCAAAGUAUCCAAGGAAAUUUUUUCAAAUUUUAUUCAACAAAUCUAACCUUACUUUUGGUCUGUUUAUAGGAGCCUAUGUAGGAAUAUACAAGUUUAUUUCGUGUUAUUUACCGAAAUUUAACAAAAUUAAGAAAAAAUGGCAUGGACUCAUAUCUGGAAUAUUAGCAGGCUGUACUUACAUUAUCUCUCCUACUUUACAAGUAACAGUUUUAGCCAUAACAACUAUACUACAGAUUCUCUACGAUAUUAUCAGUAAGAAAUUUAAAAUAACCAACCAUUUCUAUCAACGAUUACUGAUAUUCUCUUUUACGCAUGCGUACAAUCUUCAUAACAAAUUUUUUUUCCCGGAAACCGCUUCAAUGUAUUAUUUUAAAAUGGUAGAUGCUUGUACCAAUAACGUAACCAAGGGCAUAUACGAAAAUCUUAUUUCAAAGUACUUCAUGUAAAAUAAGAAAUUCUAAAUAGAAAAAUUAGUUUAGUUUAAUUUUUUUAAAUGUAAUUGAAUUGUCGUUUUGCAAAUAAAAUAUUAUAUAUAAAAAUUACUGAUUAAUUUUAGAACAGAAAGAAU